AUGGAGAUAUUGUAUAGUCGAUAUGCAAAUGCUGUAAUUGACGAGACGGUGGUAACGCAGGCUGCUUCCAAUGGACAUGUGGAAAUUCUGCAGUGGAUUUAUCCUAGACUAGCGGACAUGCUGCCUUGUUACAAGCAGUACAAUUUCUAUACAAUGAAAAGUAUGGCUUUAGCUGCUGAAAAGGGGCAUUUAGCAGUGGUGCAGUGGAUGUUUGAAACUCGAGGAAGGGAUAACGAGGAUGACCAGACGGAGAAGCACUUGCAUCAAGCUGCGGCAAGAGGUGGACACUUGCAUGUUGUCAAGUGGCUACGUACACAUUUGACAGAGGCAAUUAAUCCUCGAGUACUGGAUGAAGCAGCAGCUGGAGGAUUUUCAGAGAUUGUGACGUUUCUGCAUGCCGAAUGGAAUGAGGCUAAACUUGAGUUUAAUCGCAACAGUUGUCACGCUUCGGCGAGGGCGAUGAACCAAGCAGCUAGUAAUGGACACUUGGAAAUGGUGAAGUGGCUGCAUGAGUAUAGGAAAGAGGGAUGUUCUGUGGAAGCGAUGAAUCGGGCUGCCUGGAAUGGACAUUUAGAUGUUGUGCGCUGGUUACACGGUCAUCGUACGGAAGGAUGCACACAGCAAGCGAUGAAUAUGGCUGCUAAGGGAGGUCAUUUAGAGGUAGUGCAGUUCCUUCAUGAACAUCGGAGUGAAGGUUGUACGUACAACGCGAUGGACUGGGCAGCACAGGAGAAUCACCUUGAAAUCGUUCAGUGGCUACAGGAUAAUCGCGCGGAAGGAUGCUCACGACUGACUUUGAACGAAGUCGCAAAGCUUGGACACUUCAGAAUUCUUCAUUGGUUGCAUGAAAAUCGGACGGAAGGCUGUACCGUUGCCGCCAUGAAUGCUGCCGCAACGUACGGACAACUCAAAGUUGUGCAGUUUUUGCAUUUCAAUCGCUCCGAGGGGUGCACUACUGCCGCAAUGGAUGGCGCGGCUGCGAACAAUCACCUAGAAAUUGUCCAGUGGCUACAUAAAUACCGUAGCGACGGUUGCUCAAGAAGUGCAAUGGACGAUGCUGCUCGGAAUGGACACCUCGAAAUGGUACGGUGGCUAGACAGUCAGCGAACUGAGGGAUGUUCGACAAGUGCAAUGGAUGGAGCAGCUGAAUGCGGCCACUUGGAUAUUGUUCAAUUUCUUCAUACACAAAGGACGGAGGGAUGCACAAUUCGUGCAAUGAAUGGGGCAGCUCGAAGCGGGCACUUAGCCAUUGUGCAAUGGUUACAUGAAAAUCGUCAGGAAGGCUGCACCGCGGACGCUAUGGAUGACGCCGCUAAGAACGGACACCUGCAAGUCAUGCAUUUUUUGCAUGCAAAUCGCCAAGAAGGCUGCACAGUACGCGCAUUGAAUGUGGCGUCCACUAGAGGUGAUUUUGUAAUGUUGGAAUGGCUCCGCUCAAAUUUUUACCUCAAUAUGAAGGAAUGGCCAAUUCACGCAGGAUUGAACGCAAUUACGCACGACCGUAUUGAGAUACUACAGUGGUUACUUAAGCACUUCAGUGCAUCCGCAGUGUUGGACGUGAGAAUCUUUUAUAAUGCCGCACACUAUCACAACCGAUCGCACAUAUUGGCAUAUCUCGAUGGCCACUGGACAAUAGACAAUGAAAACUUGUGCGAAGCUUACAAAUCCCAUUGGAAGUCUUUGCUUUGA